UUAAUAUCUCAAAACCCUCAAAAGAUAUGGAAGAACAAUUCAAGCCCCCUUUCUCCAAUCUUCUUAACCUCCAAACCCAAUCCCUAAAUCUCCAUGUCCACCAUCAUCACUCCCAUCCAAUUCCUCUCCUUCAAACCCAAAUCCCCAUUUUCAGUAAACCCUAAACUCCCCCCCUUCAACCUCAAUUUCAAUUUCAAUCUCAAUUUCUACCGUCCCCUAAUUGCCAUACGAUGCUGCUGCGUUUCGAACCAGGAAAUCGACAUGGUCCGAACCAAGGAAGGCUCCUACGCCGCCAAGCCCAAGAAAGUCGUCGUCCUGUGGGACCUCGACAACAAGCCGCCGCGCGGGCCGCCGUACGAGGCGGCGCAAGCCCUCAAAUCGGUGGCGCAGCGCUUCGGCGACGUCAUCGACAUCUCAGCCUACGCCAAUCGCCACGCCUUCGUCCACCUCCCCCAGUGGGUCGUCGAGGAGCGCCGCGAGCGCCGCCAUCUCGACGCCCUCGAACGCCGCGGCCUGGCGCCGCCGGCGCCGGCGCCGUACGUCUGCUCCGUCUGCGGCAGGAAGUGCAAAACCCACGUGGAUCUGAAAAAGCACUUCCGGCAGCUGCACGAGCGGGAGCGGCAGAAGAAGCUGGGCAGGAUGCGGAGCCUAAAGGGCAAGAAACGACAGCGUUUUAAGGAAAGGUACAUUGACGGCAACGAAAGGUACAACGAGGCUGCCCGGAGAUUGCUGACCCCCAAAGUCGGGUACGGGCUGGCGCAGGAACUCCGGCGCGCCGGAGUUUACGUGAAGACGGUGGAGGACAAGCCGCAGGCGGCGGAUUGGGCGCUGAAGAGGCAGAUGGCUCAUUCGAUGAGCCGCGGCGUGGAUUGGAUUGUCCUGGUGUCCGAUGAUUCCGAUUUUUUGGAGAUGUUAAGGAAGGCGCGGUCGGCGAAUUUGGGGACGGUGGUGGUCGGGGAUCGCGACGGGGUUUUGGGCCGCCACGCCGACGUUUGGGUGCCGUGGACCGGAGUCGAGAAUGGGGAGAUUAAAGAGGAUGAUUUGGAGUUGAAGAGGAGGGAAUUUGAUGAUGAUGAUGCAGAAGAAAAUGGCAAUGGCAAUGGCUAUGGAUAUGGAUAUGGUGGUGCAUUUAGUGUUAGUGAAUUUGGCGGUGAGUUUGAGGUGGAAAGUUUUGCCGAUGACGACGGGGGCUCGAUUGGCGCCGUCGGGUUGAAUGGGUUUCGAGUAUCGUCGACAUUCUCGGAAGGGGAGGGCGAGGAUAGCGAUCUUGAUGAAGUUCAAGAUUACGGUGAUGAAAAUGAAGAUGACGAGAAUGAUGUAUACUUUUGAAAGCAAAUUGAAUCAAGAUUGGUUUUUGGGAGUUAUAAUGGAAUUGGGGAUUUGUCCAUACAAUUUGUCAAUUUGUUACAUUGAAUACUGAAAAUGCAUUAUUCACAUAUGAUUUGCAUAUAAAAUCUUUGUCCCAUAAAUACCAAAGGCAAA